UUGGAUUUCUUGUUCAAGAACAAUAAGUUGACAGGAUCUUGAGAUUCUCUCAGGAUUUUAAAUAAUGAAUUCCGAUCGUUGUGCUGCUUGCAAAUACUUGAGAAGAAGAUGCCCUUCAGAUUGCAUUUUCUCUCCUUAUUUUCCUUCCAACGAUCCUCAAAGAUUUGCAUGCGUUCACAAAAUCUAUGGUGCCAGCAAUGUGGGAAAAAUGCUCCAGCAACUCCCAACUCACCAACGAGUCCAAGCAGCAAACUCCUUAUUUUACGAGGCACAGUGCAGAAUACAAGACCCUGUCUAUGGGUGUGUUGGGAUAAUCUCUCUGCUACAUCAACAAAUACACAUUGCACAAAACCAGCUGGCCAAAACCCAAGCGGAAAUCGCAGUCCUCAGCACUUCUCACGCACCUGAUUCUCAAUUUCAACCAAAUUUGGCUGCAACAAGGCCACUUUAGCCCUUCCACUCAACCUUCCUCUU